AAUUAACCUAUCAAUGCCCAUACCACAUAUCCUAUAGUUAAAUAAUGCAUAACCAAUCACUGAUCAAUGUUGUUUCUGAAACCAAUGAGACUUACUGACAAACAACUUUAGAAUUUGUCUCCUCUCCUGAUUCCUCUCUUUCUUUACCUUAAAAACUUGGGUCUCUUCUUGUUCUCCAGGGUACUUCCCAAGGAAGUAUUUCUGGGCUGAAGCCCUCAAUCUUGGCCGAAAUAAACUUUCUGUAUUAGUUUUGCCUCAGUGUCAUUCGUUAAGUCAACAAGAAUGGCCAAGGCAGUCACUAAUCUUAGAUUCACCUGGCAGCCACAGGAACAGUAUUUUCCCAGCUAUAAUGUAACCGAUAGAGUGAUGCUUCAUGUAAUUCUGGUGCAUUAAAUAAGGUCCCAUGUCUAACAAGGAAAGCUGCUGGACAUCAAUAGAAAUAGAUCCUAAACUCAAACUCCAAUAUCCCAUGACCUAAAAGCUUCAAGUCCCAGAUUCACAGGAUCCUAAAAGUAACUAUUCUCUUCUAUUGCCCAACAACAUGCCACCUUUCCAUUUUUGGAAACAAAAUCAUUACUGUAGUAACUACCAUAGAACAAUCUUUAUAAUACUCUGAGCUAUAGUCGAUGCAAGAAAGAAUCAAAAUGUCUCUCUUCAAAACAACUCCAGGAUGGAACCCAUAAACUUAGAGCCAAGUCAGCUUGUUCAGGGCUUGUUACUGGACACACCUCAUGGGAUCCUGCUGGCAGCUUUCUUCCCCUGGAUUUAAACCUGGAUUAAACAAAGGAAUUCAGAAAGUACACCAAAAGGCUUUUCCAAUUUCCAGGGUGUGUUGGGCAUCCCCUAAGGCCUGGGCACAUCAGGACAGUUGGUCAUCCACCUGGGGAUGUGAUAGCACCUGGUGAAUCAUUCUAUCUCUACUGCCUCACUCAGUGACUACUGCAUCAAAGACUCUCAGCACACUAAUCUGAUAAAAUUAAUCAAAUAUUUGCUUGGAACUAAAUUACUAGGACAGUUCUUACUGAUAGAAUGAAGCCACAUUAGUUACAAAAUCAAUCUUUAUCAUGCAUACCCUGGAAGUUAGAAAAGUCGUUUGGAGUACUUUUGAAUUCCUUUGUUUAAUCCAAUGAUCUCUCUGCUCUUUUAUUUUUCUAUAGAAUAGUAAUCACUACAUAACAUCACACUGUAUGUUUGAGUUUGUUGGUCUAUUGUUUGUAUAAUCAACUCAAUUUUAAUUUCAUAUUCUAAAAUCUUUUGUGUUUUCAUCACCAAAGCACAUCAGUAGCUAGCAGCACUGUCAUAAAACAUAAACUCAGUGAACACUUUUUGAGGAAAUGAAUGCAUCAUAACGAUGGUUUUUGUAUGUUUUUUCUGAUCACUUUUUAUUUCUAAAGCACGAUAAGAAGCAGAGAAUGCCUAUGAUCCCAUUUGGCAUCCAACUCCAAUGCUACUGUGCACCUGUCAUGUUCCCAACUUGUCAUUGUUAGCGUUUGUUCCUUAGAGAGCUAUAGAAAUGAAUUUCCAUUUUGUUCUGUGGCAGGCUCUCUUUCACAAUUGUAUUCAUGCUACCCACAGUUAUAUGAAGUAACAAUUGAGUUUAAGUUCCUAAAUGUGAAUAAUUGCAACAAACUGUGAUUUGCUUUUGAACAGCAAAAGUUGAAAAAUAAAUAACCCAAGAUGACUAAUCAAAUCAAUAUGCUGGGCAGGAUGUGACAUCAGUGUCGCCUCAGACAGAAGAGCAUACACAAAACAUGACCUCUCUCUCCAAGCCCAGCAGAACGUUUUCAUGGAGAAAUGGAAUCACACUUCAAAUGAUUUCAUUUUGUUGGGUCUGCUUCCCCCAAAUCAAACUGGCAUAUUCCUCUUGUGCCUUAUCAUCCUCAUAUUCUUUCUGGCCUCGGUGGGUAACUCGGCCAUGAUUCACCUCAUCCACGUGGAUCCUCGUCUCCACACACCCAUGUACUUUCUUCUCAGCCAGCUCUCCCUCAUGGACCUGAUGCACAUCUCCACCACCGUCCCCAAGAUGGCGUACAACUUCCUCUCUGGCCAGAAAGGCAUCUCCUUCCUGGGAUGUGGUGUGCAAAGCUUCUUCUUCCUCACCAUGGCGUGUUCUGAAGGCUUACUGCUGACCUCCAUGGCCUACGACCGUUAUGUGGCCAUCUGCCACCCUCUGCAUUACCCCCUCCGCAUGAGUAAAAUGAUGUGUGUGAAGACGAUCGUAGGCUCUUGGACCCUGGGGUCCAUCAACUCCUUGGCACACACAGUCUAUGCCCUUCAUAUUCCUUACUGCAGGUCUAGAGCCAUUGACCAUUUCUUCUGCGAUGUCCCAGCCAUGCUGCUUAUUGCCUGUACAGAUACUUGGGUCUAUGAAUAUAUGGUUUUUGUAAGUACAAGCCUCUAUCUCCUUUUUCCUUUCAUUGGCAUCACUGCUUCCUAUGGCCGAGUCCUAUCUGCUGUCUAUCAUAUGCGUUCAAAGGAGGGAAGAAUAAAGGCCUUCACCACCAUAUCAACACAUUUAACUGUUGUGGUCUUUUACUAUGCACCUUUUGUCUACACCUAUCUUCGGCCCAGGAAUUUCCGCUCACCAGCUGAAGACAAGAUCCUGGCAGUUUUCUACACCAUCCUUACCCCCAUGCUCAAUCCCAUUAUCUACAGCCUGAGGAAUAAGGAAGUCCUGGGGGCUGUGAGAAGAGUGUUUGGGGUAUUCUCUUUCCUGAAAGAAUAAUCAUGGCCAUCCCUACUCCCUUUGUAUUUCCUCUUUCCAAGUUGAUUUGAACAUGCUAGAACAGGGUAAUCUAAUAGAAAUACAACAUAAUUUAAAAUUUUCUAGUAGGUACAUUUAAGCAGUCAAAUAAAUUUAAAUAAUAUAUUUAAUUCAAAAGAAUGUUAUAAUUAAUAUUAACAAUAUUGAUGUUAAUUACAUAGCAUACUAUUUCAAUAAAUUAUAUGCAAUAUGUUAUACUGUAUGUUUGUACCUAUAUUACUAUUACUGUGAUAAUAUUUAUACUCAUAUAUUGACAUAGAAUUUCUUCAGGUAAUAACACAAAUUUGUUAAUGUUGCCUUUUACUCUGUUUGCAUUCUAAGUCUUCAAAGUCUUGUGUUUGUUUUAUGCUAGAGUGCAGUGCAGCUUGGACAAAGCAUAUCUCAAGUGCCUAGUCAGUGUCUACAGUGUUGGACAGCACAGCCUUAGAGCAUCCCCAAUCAGUAGUUUUCAGAAGUUAUAUAUGCGUAUGUGUGUGCAUGUAUGGUGUAUGCAAACAUAUUUUUGGUAUAUACAAUAUUGCUGAUGAACUGAAAAUUAACAAGUAAAACACUCAUGCUAAGGUAGUGUUUAUGUGUUUCUUUAUCUGUUGGCUCAUUUUUAGCAUAUGCAUAUUUAUUGCAAUUAACAUUUGGAGUCCAGUUUAUCCUAACAUCCUUUAAUAAAACUAUUCAGGGAGAGCUUAUCUGACUUACGAUUUUGCUGAUUUCAAUAAAAACACAGAGAUUAAAUAACCUGAAUAUGAAUAUAAGAAAACCCCACAUUUAUAUAUACAUACAAAUUAAUAAAAUCACUAUAUAAUAAUUUUAUCAAAGUUGUACUUAAAGAAAUUAUUUACAUAAAGGCAUGGAGACAGUGACAGGGUACAGACAACAUGCAACAUAUAAAAUGGAUACUGGGACCUCAGGCUUCAGCUUUGAUGUGUAAAAUAUAUAUAUGACUUUGCACAGGAUGAAAUCCUAUGUUACUGUAUGUUACUAAAUGGAACGUUGUGUUUAACAAAAGUUUUACUACGGUUGUGUUACUAAUUCACUUAAGUGACUUCAAGUCUAUCAAUAGUUGGAGGUAUAGAAGGGUUCUGAUUUUUGUGGAAAAAAAAUUGAAACUUAUAUUAAUAUACCCCUUUCAUUUAUUGCCCAAAUUCAAGCUCCCAAUAUCCUUUUCUAGUUUCUUACUACCUUAAGUGUUUUCAUGUCUUGAGUCCAGUUCUUCCUGAGAAUAUAGUGUACUCUUUGCCAUUCGAGUUAUUUCCCUAAACGUACAUUUGAUCUUAUCAUUCUGUAAUCUGUGAUUCCUGUUGGAUUAUCUAAAUUUUGGAACCUUAAACUCAUAUCCCCAUGCUUUUAAAGCGUGCAUUAUGUCUCCCUUUACCUGUUUCUAUCACUCACACUCAAUACCACAGUCACUCUAGACCUCCCGCUUUUCUCUAUAGCCCUCUAUUUCCCUGCCCAUCUGAACCUUAUUACAGACCAUUUCUCACUUCUGGGAAGUUCUCCUUUAUAUAGCUCAUGACUAUCAAUCUGAAUCCCACAUAAUCAGUAAACAUAACUCAAAAUUUACAUCCCAUCUUCUCUUAUGCACAGUUGAGAUCUCUUUCCCCCACACUUCUACUCCUGUUGUACUUAUGAUCACAUUUUAUUAACACUUAUUCACAUCUGUGUCUGUGUCUUAUUUUAAAUUGAAGCUCAUAGAAUAUUUUAAAAAUUAUAAUAAUUAGAAUUAUAAGGCUAACCAAUAUUUAGUAAUUGUAAAUGCAUUUCCCACAUAUAUAACUUAACCUUCACUACAACACUAUGAUUCUGAUAUUUAUUCCAUGUUGAGUGAGCACUUUGAGGCUUGGUGAGGCAAAACAAACAAACAAGAAAAAUGUCUUAGGUCAGAGAGCCAGGAAGGGAAGAACACAACUUAGAAGCCAGUUUUCUUUGAAUCAGGCUUUGAUUCAUGUCACCCAGUCUCUGAACAAGAUCCUCAUCAUUUUGGCCUGGGUGCCCCCACAGAAUGAAGUGCUAUGGCAUGCAAUACAGGGGACAUUUAUUUGUGGUAAUUUAUUUAUGUUUAUUGGUAUGCAAUGCAAGUUUAAGGAACUCGUGUUCAUGCCACAUUACAGAUCCAGGGAAAAUAUUAGCAGAUAGUAGUUAACAGAUCAUUACUUAGAAUUUCCUUUUACUGCUUCAAAUGGGUUUUUGCUCAUUCCGGGAGGCAGACUCUUCAGUCUGUGAUGCAUCUCACUCAUUUUUUCCACUAGUAUCAGGUUUUCUCCUUGAAUUAAAAAAAAAACUAUAAUUUUUUUCUGCUCUGAAUAUGAGCACUAAAAUUAAUUUUUGUGGCUUGGUUUUGAUUUUUUUUUUGGAGAUUCUACCAUUACUUUGAUAUUAAGCAAUCAUCGAUGCAGUAAAUCCUUAUUUACUAGAAAAUAUAAUAUGACCUAGUAUAUUCUGCAGAAAUUAAACACAUUGAUCAAUCUUUGUACAAAAACAACAAACCACAAUUGUGAAAGGAAAACACCAAGCUAAAAAAAAUAGCCUCCAGAAUUUCUGCAAGAAAAGGCAUUUGGAAAAUUUUCUCCAAGCAAAAGCAAUUAGAAGGCUGCUGAAGUU